AUGGUAUAUCCCCCAAUCCUAGAAGCAAUCGUCGAACUCCUUUCCGUCAGCCUUGUGAUAUUUCUCCACAUGAGCCUCCUUUUUCUUUUCCCCAGCGCGCGUAGAAAGAUGUUUCACUUCCACAGUGGCACCGCAGACUUUGCACAUCACGACCGGCAUGUUCGUGAUGUAUGUGGAAGAGGAAUGUUAGCGUACGAGUCGGAGCGGGCGGAAAGGACAGGAAUAUCAAAACAGUAA